GACCCGUGAUUUUAUGUGUCCGGUUUGGUUCUGAGAAACUGCGGGCGGUCCAUGAGAGCGGGUUUUUAACGCGCCUCUCUUUCCAUACGCUGCCAGAAGCCCGUGCGUUAUUACGCGUCAUAUUCCUGCGGUCCGUUCAGCGGCGCAGUUUCCGUUCAUUCCACUCUUCAGCACCGCUGAGACAGUCAUGAGCUCCCGGGACCGGACUCUGUGUCUGUUCACUACUGCUCUCUUCAUACACGUCUCUCUACAGGGGGAGCACCAGCGACGGUUGUACAAAGACUUGAUGAGAAACUACAAUCCUCUGGAACGCCCCGUUUAUAAUGAUUCACACUCGCUCAGCGUUCAUUUCAGCUUCAGUCUGAUGCAGAUCAUGGACGUGGAUGAGAAGAACCAAGUUCUGACAACAAACAUCUGGCUUCAGCUGUACUGGAGAGACUACUAUCUGCAGUGGAACACCAGCGAUUAUCCCGGCGUGACCACCGUCAGAUUCCCAGAUUCUCUCAUCUGGAAGCCGGACAUUCUGCUGUAUAACAGUGCCGACGAGAGAUUUGAUGCCACUUUUCACACCAAUGUACUUGUCAACUCAUCUGGGCACUGCCAGUACCUUCCACCAGGUAUCUUUAAGAGCACAUGCUACAUCGACGUGCGCUGGUUCCCGUUUGACGUUCAGAGGUGUGAUCUGAAGUUCGGCUCAUGGACGUAUGGCGGAUGGUCUCUCGAUCUGCAAAUGAUGGAGGCGGAUAUUACCGGAUACAUCGCUAAUGGCGAAUGGGACUUGGUCGAGGUUCCAGGAAGACGGAAUGAGAAGUUUUAUGACUGCUGUAAGGAGCCGUACCCUGACGUGACUUUCACCGUGGUGAUGAGGAGGAGAACACUGUAUUACGGGUUAAAUCUUCUCAUCCCGUGUGUUCUCAUCUCAACUCUCGCCCUGCUGGUGUUCCUGCUGCCCGCAGACUCUGGGGAGAAGAUCUCACUGGGAAUCACAGUAUUGCUGUCACUCACCGUCUUCAUGCUACUGGUGGCGGAGAUCAUGCCCGCCACGUCCGAUUCAGUGCCUCUGAUUGCACAAUAUUUUGCGACCACCAUGGUGAUUGUGGGUUUGUCAGUUAUCGCUACAGUUCUGGUGUUGCAGUAUCAUUAUCAUGACCCUGAUGGAGGAAAGAUGCCGAGAUGGACCCGUGUUCUCCUCCUCAACUGGUGCGCCUGGUUCCUCCGUAUGCGACGGCCUGGCGAGGAACGGAUCCGACUCGCGUGCAGUAACAAACAUCCUCGCUGUGGCAGCGUGUCCAGCGUAGAGCUCUCUGUCAGCCAGGGGGCGCUGCAGCCCACCAACGGCAACAUGCUGUACAUCGGGUUCAGAGGUAUGGAGGGCGUCCACUACACGUCCCCGCACGAUUCGGGUGUGCUCUGUGGGCGACUGAUGGGCUCCAGUGAGGAGGACGUGUUGUUACCAGGGGCAACGGUGCCAACACUAGGGGGCGGGGUUGGGACUGGGGGCAGGGUUAGUGGAAGCAUUGUGGGCAGAGCUAUGGAAAUGGAACUGGCAAAGAUUUUAGAGGAAGUGAAGUACAUCGCAACGAGGUUUCGCAACCAGGACGAGGACGAGAGCUUGUGCAACGAAUGGAAGUUCGCAGCCGCGGUAAUUGAUCGUUUGUGCCUCAUGGCGUUUUCAAUCUUCACAAUCCUUUGCACUAUUGGGAUCCUAAUGUCUGCGCCGAACUUUGUGGAAGCAAUCUCUAAAGAUUUCUUCAACUAAAGUAAAAUAAAUGAUGGGUUACUUUUUUCUUUUUGUAAAUUGCACAACAACAAGCAAGCAGCUGUCAUCUUGCGCCUACAAUGGGAGGGCUCUAUGGGAUGCUAAGUAGGGCCAGGUGAUAUAAUGUAACGAAUAUUCACAAUAUAUUCAAUGAUUUUGAAGGGGAUAUAAAAUUAACCAACAUUUCGAAAAUCGACCCUAAAGCACUUUUUAUUCUGCCAUAAAAUAUCCUAAAGAUUGCGUCAAUAGACUUCUUUCGCUUUCACGAGUAUUAGCGCGAUAAGAUUGAAAUGUGUAAUAGCGCUGUUGAUUUAAACUUCAGUAGCAAAGAUUUGCGUUUCAUUUUUUUACAUUUCAUUCUGAAGUGUACAUGGAAUUUUCUGCAGAAUUUUCAUAUUAAAAUAUUUUAAUAAGAUAUAUGCUGGUAAAUAUUGUUACGUAUGCACCUACGUAUUGCAUCUUAUAGUUUUCUUGUUAUUCUGCUUCUGCUGUGGAAGUCUAUGGCACCCCACAGAACCGUAUGUAGGAAAAUGGUGGAAUUUGGCACACUGAUAGGUAUGGGCAUGACUAGCCCCCCCACAAAAUUUGGGGUCUCUAACACAAACCAUCUAGCGCCACCAAGAGUUCAAAAUGUCACUUAGGACAUUAUAACUUCUGAAUUGUAAGUACUAGAAACAAAAUAGUUUUUUAUUUUGAUUUCUUGGGUCAUGCCAAGUCUCCACGUAUCUAAUCAUGUUUAGACUCCAUCCACUAAAUUUCCCCCCCCCACCCACCUAUUGUGCAACCUAUUGGUCAAAACUUAUAAGCAUUUGUAUUAGACUGAAAAUCCUUAAACUAAUGUUGUUUUUUCACCACUUUGCUUAAAAGCAUCACAGGAAUUCUAAAUUCAAUCUAAAUGUUUGCCAUUGGUGUACUUGACUAUUUACUAUUUAUUUCAUGUAUUGAUAUUUUGUAUUCUUUCAUGAAACAUUUUGAAUCUACUUGGCAACCAAGACUGAUCAGUUGAAAUGAGGGUUCCUCGGACACCCUUUUAUUUGAGCUAAUACUUAAAUAACAAGAUAAAUUAAAUAUUAUAAAAAUAUUAUUUCGCUAUAUCGCCCAGCCCUAACCCUGUAAGUAUGUGCAUCUUUAUUACAGUUGUGUUUACAUUAUAUGAUAAAAUGAUUAAUAAUCUGAUCAUACAUUUUAAAUUGACUUUAAACUUUAAAUCGAUUAGCUUGAGUCAUUAAAAGUCGUUGAUGGUUUAUUAACAGCAAUGCAGAUAUGAAUCAUCAUAUUGGUUGUAUGUUGGUUGUUUGUGUAACUUGUUUUUAUGUGUGUUAAACUGAAGUCUUUUGUGUUUUUAAUAUACAGUGAAAAUGUUUAAUCAAAUUGAUUUACCAUGUUAUCCAGCUUGACUUCAGAACGUUCCUAAAAACCUGUUUUGGUCAAUGUCACACAUUUGUUGACAUUUGAUUAGUGAAAUUGUGGGAAUGUCACAUAUUUGUUUUUCAUGAGAUGUCGUAGCGUUCCUUCCCAAAAACAUGACUUUAUUAUCAGGGUAAAAUGAUUCAAUAAAACUGAUUUUGUUGUUGGU